UUAUUUAGCAAAGAUACAUUAAAUUGAUCAAAAGUGAAUUUGAUCAAUAAUCACAUCAUGACACAUGCAUGGACAGACCACACCAGUCUGCUUUGAGGUUUUAAUGACCCGGCCUGUUCUUUUCUUUAUCCUCUGCUUAACUGUACCCUUUACAUGGCCAAACCAGUUCUGGUCACUAUAUGUCCACUCAUGCACUCUGGUUAAUCUUUUACCGGUUUAAUUGAUAUGUCCACAAGGGUCUUUCUCUCCCCCUUUCUCACGCGCACACAAUCUCAGGACACAUGCACACAUACAGAGAAAGAUUGUGGCAUCACAGUAAAUUUGAUCUGAACGUGUGGCAUAGUCCGACAGUCAUGGAUCUGCUGUUUCUGUGUGUUGCAUUUGUGCUUUCACUUAGGACUCGCAUUUCUGGUAUCAUCAUUACUAAAGAUGCACACGUAACGUGUCUGUUCUUAGAAGACUGCGUGCUACCCUGCAGUUUCAGGCCCACGGCAGCCGUGGUCAUCCACUGGUACAAGCAGCAAAUCCCCGUCCAUAGCUACUACUACAAUAAAGACCAGUACGGGCUCCAGAACAAGCAUUUCAGUGGCCGGACGAACCUGUUUAAUUCCCAGAUUACACAGGGAAAUGCCUCUCUGGUGCUGAGGAAAGUUAAAGUCCAGGAUCAAGGGAGGUAUAAGUGCUACACCAUCACCAGGAAGGGAAACCAGGAAACCUUUGUUAACCUGGGGGUGAAAGCUCUGAUCCAGUUUGUGAAGCUUGAGAUGGUUGAGGAAAGGGUCACAUGUCUGUCCCAGAACAUCUAUCCAGCUCCUGAGGUCACCUGGGCCACUGAUCCCCCUAGUGACAUCAGAAGCCUCCAGAACUUCACUCGUAAAACCUCAGACUCCAAGGGCCUGUUCACCGUUGAGAGCGCCAUCAGUGUGAUGGGCAACAUCUCUGACCACACUUACUUCUGCUCUGUUGUCUCCGCGGAUGGAACACAGGUGUGGACCGCAUCACUGCAUCAGCAAGAUAUGUUACUUGGUGAGGAGGGCUCUGGACUUAUGAUCCCCUGCAUGAUACCACAACUUCGCCACAAUUUUACCCUCACUUGGACCUUCAUCAGAACCACAGAAUCCUCCGUCAUCUUCACUUACGACAGCCGGACCCGUCGGAUCGCGAACCUGUGGGAAAGCAAAGCUGAACUCGACAUAGAUCAGGCUCACUUAGGCAACGGGUCCCUUCAUCUGCCGAAUCCAGACAGCUUGGGACACAGCGGAACCUACAUCUGCACAUUCUACGGCUUCCAAAUGAGACAUCAAGUCCAAACCCAUGUCAAUGUUACAGUUCGCGUGACUGAUGAUGAUGAGUAUGACUGCAGGAGGUCAUGGUGGGGAACCGCUGCGUCUGUCUUCAUAUUUCUCAUCACUGUAUCUGUAGCUCUAUCACGAUGUUUUAGACUGAGAGGUGAAAAUCCAGUACGUGGCCAUUCAGACAUCAAUAAACGCAUCAGAUGUACCAACAAAACCGAAAUCCCUCUACUUGAAAGACAAAGACCAGAUGAACCCGGGAACAAUGGUUUGGAAUCAGUGGAGACAGAAAUUCGCAGAGCACCAUGCAACACAACACCUUUUGAAGCAUCCAAGCCAUUUAAACAAGAUCCUGACUGCCUUAAUAAUGACGUCCUGCCACAUCCACCAACAGUAAUAAAUACGUGCAUGAUUAUUAGUGAUUCCUCUACAUCUGACACACCAGUGGAAAGACAUGAAUCCAGGCCGCAAUCCCCUACAGGUGCUAUAAUAACUCUGCUCACAUCUGAGAUGAAUACUGAUGCAUCUGAUAAUAGAGAAAAUGAACUUAAAUCUGAAUCACACUCAGCAGAUGGAGUAGAGAUGGAAAGUACAAUGAUUCAGAGAUUUGCCACACCUGAGCUCUCACAGAUUAAUGGCUUCAGGUGAUAUACAUUUAAUAAUUUGAAAUGGUGCUAGUUAUAAUCACUUCUGGAAUGCAUGACCUAUUGUAAAUAAUAAUGUGUAGUUAUUUUGGACAAAAUCUAACAACACAA